AUGCAGCUGUCAUUUGUGGUCCUGGCCGCUGUCUUCCAGGCAGCGGUUAGCAUCGCAUCUACACUCACUCCACCCGUAAUCCCCUUGGUCGUACGAAAUCCAUAUCUCAGCACCUGGCUCGCCAAUGCUCGGGAUGCACCUUGGUCAAAAUGGCCCAUGUUCUACACUGGAGAGGAGGUGGGCCUUUCUUUGAUGGCUCACCUUCCAAGUCAGAAAACCGUUUACCCUCUACUUGGCAAGCCUCAUGAAUCCUUGGAGGAUAAAUCAGACUACAAGACCAAGUUCCCUAAAUACCUUGGUCUGAACUAUGAUGCCUCAACGACCAACCUGACCUACCACAUUGACACUGGUACCGGAAACCCUCUCGACAUUACAGUUUCAUUCCUUUCACCCAUUACACCAACUUCAACUCUACGUCAGUCAAUUCCGGCCUCGUAUGUCACAGUCGAUGUCCAAGGCGACGUCGACGUCAGCAUCUAUAUGGAUGUUGAUGGCCGCUGGGUCAGCGGAGAUACCGGUAGCAAGAUCAAGUGGGAAAUAGAUAAUUUGGAGACCGAGCAUGAGGGACUUACACUUAAGCGAUGGCAAGUGCAGAGGGAGAACGAGCUUCUUCUCUCAGAGAUUCGCGACCGUGCGGAAUGGGGCACUCUUCAUUUCACUGGACCAUGUGAUGCUAAAUUCCAGUCUGGGUAUGCGUCUGAUGUGCGUCGAGGCUUCGCUAGCUCUGGGACUCUGCGAAACGCCAACGAUAAUAAAUCUCGCCCUAUUCGGGAUCGAGCACCUGUUUUUGCAUUCUCCAAGUCUUUCCACCUUGGCCAUUCACCGAAGGUUUACGACGACAGUGUCACCUUCACUCUCGCUUUUAUUCAAGUCCCCGUUGUUCACUCUCUAGCAUCCAAUUACUCGCAGCAAGUGGCAGAUGACGCUUACUUAUCGGGAGCCGAUGACUAUGUUGACAUUGUUGCCCUUAGUGCACGGCAGGUCAUGGGUGCAACUACCUUUUCAGGAACCCCGGAUGACCCGAUCCUGUUCCUAAAGGAGAUCUCUUCGAAUGGCAACUUCCAAACUAUCGAUGUCAUUUUCCCCGCGUUCCCCUUCUUCCUGUACACGAACCCUCGGUGGUUGGCGUACCUUUUGGAGCCGCUGAUCGAGCACAUGCUGAGCGGCCAAUAUCCCAAUAAGUAUGCGAUGCACGAUUUGGGUACACACUUCCCCAAUGCCACCGGACAUCCUGACGGGAGGGAUGAGUAUAUGCCGGUCGAAGAGUGUGGUAAUAUCCUCAUUAUGGGUUUGGCUAUCGUGAACUCGCUUCGCUAUGAAGACCCUACCGCGGCCUCGUCCAUUUGGUCAACACAGGGACUGCCCUCGUCAAGCUCUAAAGGCGAGACUUCUGGACUGUUUCCUCUUCGCGAUCUACAGGUAGUGUCCGGAAUUGCCCACCAAGACAGCAAAUGGGGCGGCGGUAGUAAAGGGCAGCACCAGGCUGAGAAAUGGGUUAAGCGGAGCUAUAGUCUUUGGAAGCAGUGGACUGGAUAUCUGGUGGAGUUCUCUCUUGAGCCUGCUAACCAACUUUCUACGGAUGACUUUGCAGGUUGGCUGGCUCUCCAGACCAAUCUGGCUCUCAAGGGUAUUGUGGGCAUCAACGCCAUGAGCAAGAUCGCCGAGGUAGCCGGUCACGAUGCCGACGCUGCUUAUUUCAAGAAAGUUGCCAGUGACUACAUCGCCAAAUGGGAGGAGUUUGGCAUGUCCCGAGAUGGCUCCCAUGCCAAGCUUGCAUACGACUGGUAUGGUUCUUGGACAACGAUCUACAACCUCUACGCGGAUGCCCAGCUGUGCUUCCACCUAGAGAAUACCGAUACUGAUUCACCUGGCUUCGUUCCGCGCCGCAUCUACCAGAAGCAGUCUCUCUGGUAUCACUAUGUUCGUCAGAAGUACGGCCUGCCCCUUGACAGCCGCCACAUGUACACCAAAACCGACUGGGAGUUCUUCUCAAUGGCUGUCGCCUCCAAGCCUGUGCGUUCAGAGAUCCUUGAGUCUGUCGCCCUGUGGGUCAAUGAGACCACCACCGAUCGUCCAUUCACGGACUUGCACAACACGGAGGGUGACGGGGGCUUCCCUGGUCCGAACUUCUUCGCUCGGCCUGUCAUUGGUGGCCAUUUUGCUUUCCUAGCAUUGGAGCGUGCCUGUGGUGGAAAGGCCAUGCCAGGCCUGUCUUUCCUCGACGAUGUUGAUAAAGAGACCUUGGCAGUUUGGGCCCAGAGUGCCGAGUCCGCCGCGAAAGAAUUUACCAUGUCGGGGCGGAACCGCCAUGGCGAGGGUGAGCUGUAG